ACCCACAAGACGCCCGCCAGCUGGCCUUAGGGCGAGAACCGGUAAGCCAAGGCGACUGGGUCACGGCCCAGGAGGGGAUGAGCAGCCGGGUUGCAGUGAGGCGCGAUCCCAGGCCGGCUGCCCGGUUACCCCAGCGACCGUCGCAGUCACGUGACACUACUCUGGGACGGUCCCGAUCACGUGCCCAGGGCUUGCACGCUGCGGCUCUCGCCCCGGGCCGCUGUGUCACAUGACUCGCUCUCCGGCAACAUGGCUGCCGCAGGGGUGCAGCUCCGGCGCUGAGCGACAAGGGGCGCGCUCCUCCUGCUCGGGGUGAGGGGGCUCGGCGCGGGAGGGGCCCGGCCGCGCCAGCGCCUCGCCGUCAUCCGGAUCCCACAGUCCCCUGCGCUCGGUGUGUGUGCCGGGGCUGGAGGGACAGCCCGGCCCGACCCCUUUGGAGCCGAGCUCCGCAUCAGGAGAAGGUCGGACCGGAGCGCGGGCCGGUGCGGCCCCCCGGGACCAUGGCCGGGUCCGACACCGCGCCCUUCCUCAGCCAGGCGGAUGACCCAGAUGAUGGGCCGGUGCCAGGUACCCCGGGCUUGCCAGGGUCCUUGGGGAACCCAAAGUCCAGGGAGCCCGAGGUCCCGGACCAGGAGGGGCUGCAGCGCAUCACGGGCUUAUCCCCGGGCCGCUCGGCUCUCAUCGUGGCCGUGCUGUGCUACAUCAACCUCUUGAACUACAUGGACCGCUUCACCGUGGCCGGCGUGCUUCCAGACAUCGAGCACUUUUUCAGCAUCGGAGACAGCAGCUCCGGCCUCAUCCAGACCGUGUUCAUCUCCAGUUACAUGGUGUUGGCACCUGUGUUUGGCUACCUGGGUGACAGGUACAAUCGGAAGUAUCUCAUGUGCGGGGGCAUUGCCUUCUGGUCCCUGGUGACACUGGGGUCAUCCUUCAUCCCCAGAGAGCGUUUCUGGCUGCUCCUCCUGACCCGGGGCCUGGUGGGGGUUGGGGAGGCCAGUUACUCCACCAUCGCGCCCACCCUUAUUGCCGACCUCUUCGUGGCCGACCAGCGCAGCCGAAUGCUCAGCGUGUUCUACUUUGCCAUCCCGGUGGGGAGUGGUCUGGGCUACAUCGCAGGGUCUAAAGUGAAAGAUGCUGCUGGCGACUGGCACUGGGCUCUGAGGGUGACCCCAGGCCUGGGAGUGGUGGCUGUCCUGCUGCUGUUUCUGGUUGUACGGGAGCCACCCAGGGGAGCUGUGGAGCGCCACGUGGAUUCGCCACCCCUGAGUCCCACCUCGUGGUGGGCAGAUCUGAGGGCUCUGGCAAGAAAUCCUAGUUUCAUCCUGUCUUCGCUUGGCUUCACCGCUGUGGCCUUUGUCACGGGCUCGCUGGCUCUCUGGGCUCCUGCCUUCCUGCUGCGCUCUCGAGUGGUCCUGGGGGAGACGCCCCCCUGCCUUCCUGGGGAGUCUUGCUCUUCCUCCGACAGUCUCAUUUUUGGGCUCAUCACCUGCGUGACGGGUGUCCUGGGAGUGGGCCUGGGUGUGGAGAUCAGCCGCCGCCUCCGCCGCUCCAACCCCCGCGCCGACCCUCUGGUUUGUGCCGCCGGCCUGCUGGGCUCUGCUCCCUUCCUCUUCCUGGCCCUUGCCUGCGCCCGAGGGAGCAUCGUGGCCACCUACAUUUUCAUUUUUAUUGGGGAGACCCUGCUGUCCAUGAACUGGGCCAUUGUGGCAGACAUUCUGCUGUAUGUCGUCAUCCCUACCCGACGCUCCACCGCUGAGGCCUUCCAGAUUGUUCUGUCCCACCUGCUGGGAGAUGCUGGAAGCCCCUACCUCAUCGGCCUGAUCUCUGAUCGCCUCCGCCGGAGCUGGCCCCCGUCCUUCCUGUCCGAGUUCAGGGCUCUGCAGUUCUCGCUGAUGCUCUGUGCCUUCGUCGGGGCGCUGGGUGGCGCGGCCUUCCUGGGCACCGCCAUUGUCAUCGAGGGCGACCGCCGGCGGGCCCAGCUGCACGUGCACGGUCUGCUGCCCGAGGCAAGGGCCACAGAUGACCGAAUCGUGGUGCCCCAGCGAGGCCGCUCCACCCGGGUCCCCGUGUCCAGUGUGCUCAUCUGAGGAGCCUGUCACUCACCUGUCCACACAUCUGUGGCCACUGGCUUUGGGCUGGCCCACACCCAUGAAGUGUCCAGGGUAAAAGACCAGGAGCUAACCUUGGGCCAUGUCUUCGCUACCAGACACUACUUGCAUGGCCAGCCCAGGGUCAGGGGCCUGAUAGGGUGUUGUUCUACGCUGGGGUAGCCCUGCAGGCUCGGUGCUAUUUGUAACAAUAAAAUUUGUAGCCAGA